UCUAUCUAGUAUUGUUCCAUACGUGCAACAAUGAGUUGACGUCAUCAUGACGUAACUUGCCGACGUGUUCCCAAACCCGGAAGAUGCAGCAAUCUAUCCACGUUACUGUAACAAUGAUAGCCAGGAAUCUACAAAACAUAACGGAGCUUAUACACAAAGAAGAAUGUUUAAUAAACUGUUUAUUGUUUCUGUUUGGAUGCUCAUUACUCAGUGCUAUGGCCAAGGACCUGUCACAAUUGUACCAUACAACGGGAUUGAGCUGAAAUUUUACGCUAUUCGUAAAACAUACGAGCAAGCCAAAACUGCUUGUGAGUCCGACAACGCCCAGCUAGUAGUGGUGAAGAGUCAAGCAAUGCAAGAUAUCAUCACUCCACACCUCGAUUCCACCAUUAGUUACAUUGCAUGGGGACAAUAUGAUUACGGUGUUGGUUAUUGGAUGGGGCUCAGGAAAUUAGCAGGUGCAAAUAUACACGACUACAAAGCUCUUGAUGGUACCAACUACGUCAACAAGCCCGCAUAUACAAACUGGAACAAUGUGGAACCGAACGCUCUGAAGUCUCAAUUAGCUUGUGCGUAUAUGUGUCCCUACAAUAAUGUGUAUGGGAUAAAUGGAGCGUAUAAUUGGUUCACGGACAGCGCAUUUCCCAACGUAAGUAAGGGUGGCUGGUGGACCUUUCACUGCACACAGAAGAAUUACUACAUUUGUCAAAGAGCCUUUUGCGCAACGAACCCUUGUAGAUACGGAUCGUGCGUUGCUUUAGCGACGAGCUACAAAUGUAAUUGCGAUCCUGGUUACUCUGGAUCUCUGUGUGGCGACGAUCUAUGCUUUCCCCAGCCUUGCCUGAAUAAUGGCAGUUGCAACAGAGUUCCCAACACUUACUCUUGCUCAUGUGUGGAUGGUUUUAUUGGAAGGAAUUGUGAAACAGAUCUAUGCUCCCCCCAGCCUUGUCAGAAUGGUGGGAGUUGUAACAGAGUUCCCGGCAACUACACUUGUUCAUGCUUAAAUGGCUUUGUGGGAAGGAAUUGUGAAACAGACCUUUGUCUUUCCCAACCUUGUCAAAAUGGUGGCAGUUGUAACAGAAUCCCCGGAGCCUACACUUGUUUAUGUGCAAGUGCUUUUCUUGGAAGGAAUUGUGAAAAGGAAUACUUCUUCAAUGUUGGUGACCUUUGUCUCAUCCAUGUUAACAGCAGAGGAAGAAAAACCUUCAGAGAAUCUUUAUCUCAAUGCCAGUCGCUCAAUGCUAGCCUUGCGAUCAUAAAAAGCAGUCAAGUCCAAACAGCCAUACUUAACCACCACAACUUUGGUGUUGGUCAAACUUGGCUAGGUGGUUUUUCAAACCACUCAAAAUGGCUCUGGCUUGAUUCAAGUGAUAUGGUGUACAACAACUGGUUAAAUGGUGCACCAGUGGUUAAUGAUACAAACUGUGUUAGUUUAGCUCCAAAUGGAACAUGGGUGCAUUCUUAUUGUGAAGAUAAACACGGAUAUGCUUGUGAAAAAUCAGUUGACGGAAGAGAUCUUUGUUCCUCUUCUCCUUGUCAAAACAAUGCAACAUGUAUCAGCAGUGGUUGUAAUGUUCACUGUGUGUGUACAUCUGGUUACAUGGGAUCUAACUGUGCUAUGAUUGUACCACGAACUGGUGGUGCUGGAACUUCUAGUUCAACUGUGUACAUUGCCAUUGCAGUGACUUGUGGGUUGCUACUGAUUGUCAUAGUUGUCCUUAUACUCUACAAACGAAGGACUCGACCUAAAUCACCUAAACCAAUAAUGAUGAAUGCUAAUCCACCAGUUGAAGCGGUUGCAUAUGUAAAUGUAAUUGCACCAAGCGAAAAUGCUUAUUCUAGCAUUGAUAUCCACCAAGGUGAUGUUUUAUACGAUGACAUUGCCACCACUUCAAGCCCGUACUUGAUUAGGAAAGAUAAAUUUCUUCAGCACUUUCAAACCCUUGCUGCUAAUGAAGGAAAACUGUGCAUAGAAGAGUUUAAAUUACUUGCUGCUGCUUCAGCCAAGAUAGAAAUGCAAACAAUUCAUGGUGAAAACAACAAGGGAAAGAACAGAUUCAAGAAUAUAUUGCCAUAUGACAGCACACGAGUUGUAUUAUCCACUGCAAAUGGGCAAAGUGAUUAUAUUAAUGGAAACUAUGUGGAUUGUUACAACCAACCCCAUAAAUACAUUGCCACACAAGGCCCUCUUCCUAAAACUGAGACCGAUUUUUGGAGGAUGGUUUGGGAGAGUAAGUGUCGCGUUAUUGUGAUGUUGACAAACUUAUUGGAAGGAAAUAAAAGGAAGUGUCACAAGUACUGGCCAGAGAUUGGAGCAUUGGGUAAACAUGGAGAUCUUAUAAUAGAGUGCGUAAACGAAACUUCAUAUGGUGGAUAUGUGAUUCGAGAGAUGAAAGUUACAAACAACAAGACCACACGAAAGUUAAAGCAGUUCCACUUCACAUCAUGGCCCGACCAUAAUGUGCCCAUCACCACGACUUCACUUCACAGAUUCAAAUGUGCUGUGCUAGAUUAUCAUAAAUCAAACCAAGUAGACAACUCUCCUAUUGUUGUUCAUUGCAGUGCAGGAGCUGGUAGAACUGGAACCUUCAUUGGAUUUGACAGUUUGAUGGCUGAAAUGGACCACAGAUCAUGUGUUAACGUGUUUGAAACAGUGCUGGCUAUGAGAAAGCAAAGAGUGGAUAUGGUUCAAAACUCAAAACAAUAUUUACUUCUUCACAAAUUGGUGGCGGAAGAUUGUAAGAUUGGAAACACUGAUUUCUCUGUGGAAGAAUUAGAAGAAAGAAUUCAGCGACUUGAAAAAGUUGGACAAUUCGGGAAAAUCAGGGUUCGCUCACGAAUUGGAGAAAACUUUCCCAAAUUUAAACAUUCCAACAUCAAAGGAGCUGCAUACGACGCUUCUUUCGUCGAGAGUUACAGCGAAAGCCUGGAGAUAAUUGUAGCGGCUGGUCCCACUCAUGAAUCGCUUGAAAACUUCUGGCACGCUGUGACUUCCAACAACGUUGGAACAAUUGUUUCGCUGCGAAGCUCGCAGGAAGAAAAGAAACUUGGAUUCCAAUUCUUACCCUCACAACAACCAUUGAUGAUUAAUGACAUCACAAUUGAAGAACAAACUAAAUCGACAAGUGGUUGCAUCACAGACAAAUCUUUGAUGAUUACAACACCAAGGGGGAAGAAUAUGGUGAGAUACUUUCAUUUCCAAACCUGGGAUCCAGACACUGUACCCAACACAACAGCAGAGUUGAUUGAUCUUGUUAAACGACUUCAAGCACAGACUGGGAAAGGAAAACUUAUGAUAUUUUGCAGUGAUGGAAUAAACCGCAGUGGUGCGUUUGUUGCUCUUAUUAACUUGAUGGAGAGAGUUAACAUUGAAGGAAGUAUUGACAUCUUUAGAACUGUGAAGGAUUUGAGAGAUAUGAGGAUUGGGAUGGUUUCUACAGAGCUACUUUACAAAUUCCUUCACAACACCAUGGUGGAUUAUGUUUCAACUUUUCAAGUUUACUCAAACUUCGGAUGCAAAUAGUUUAAGGAACAAGCAAAUGAGCUUAACUUUUGUUGUGCUAGCUUGGUGAGGGAGUUGGAAGUCGUUAGAACACACUUUUUUCCCUUUCACACAACUCGUACCCGCUUAUGAGUUACAAUAAACGUUUGUUAAUGAUGAUUUUCUAACAAUUUACACAGCCCAUUAGUGACCACUGGGGUUGGAAAAAAUUUUCAUUAAAUGUGUGUGAUGGAACAUAAACAGUAACCACCAGUGCCAAACUUUCUUAUGAUUUGUACUGAUAUAUAAAUUGACUGCUUUUGUAUAAAAUAACGAACUUUUUGAUGGCAAUGUUUCAUCUGAUAUUCUCCCCCACAUCCCACUGCUAUUAUUUUAAUAAUGUUAAUUCAAUCAGUGCUUUUUAUUAAAAGGAUGAUUCUUAUUAAACCGUUUCAUAUUGGCCUGCAUGUUUGUGAAUAAACUCAUUAGAAAAUUCA